AUGAGCUCGGAGACCGCUAACAAGCCUGCCCUGCACAAGUUCUUCGUUUACGCGCCGGAUUUACCAGGUCCCGAGACUCCCAAGCGUCGUGUUGCACAUUUGCCUGAGCAUUUCAAGACGGCACUCCCUCUCAUCAAGAGCGGUUUCAUCGUGUACGGAGGAGGAGUCCUCACUCCUGAGUCUGUAUCCAUGCCAGGCGCUGAGGAGAUCAUGAUCGGCUCCUUCUUGAUCUGCGCAGGCGAGAGCCUGGAGGCCGUCCUGGAGACCCUCAAGAAAGACGUAUUCUAUCAUUCUGGCGAAGUGUGGGAUGUCGAGAAGCUGGUAAUACUCCCUGCCAAAGUAGCCGACAGUUUUAAUUAG